ACUAACCUUCAAACUAGAUUCAUCUCCACAUAGAGAUACCAAACAACAUGAGUAUGGAUUGGAUGGGGGUUGGAAUGAUGAUAGUGUAGAUAGAUAGUAGAACUCCAUGUUCUAGCGUGGUCACAGUAGCGAGGGAGGAAAGGGAAAAAAAUGUGGAGUGCUGGGGUGCACAUAGGGACAAGGGAGUUCUGGUGGGUUUGUCAAGGCUGGGAGGGACAGAGUUCCACCCCUGAUAGUGGUUGGGGUUGGACUCCCCAAAGCCACACGAGCGGCCUCUGAAACCCAAAAAAAAAAAAAAAUCAUAAAAACCCCAAGAGAAGAACAGAGCAGAAAAAGAAAAGGAAAGGUGAUACGCAGUAAACGAGUGAAUUGUAACCAAAGGUAAAAUGAGACACUAGACAAUUUUUUCCUUCAGAGAUCAAGAGAGAAACGGAGGUAGUACUAGCAUUUAUGUGUUUCUGUUUUUUUUGUUGGGUGGGUACUUAAGUGAGAUGAAGCAAUCGAGGAGAGAGAGAGAGAGCAUAAUUUGGGUUAGCAAGAAGAGAGAGAGAGAGAGGCUUUGCCUUGCCUCUUCUUCCUCCUAUAUUAACCUCCCCAUUUCGCCGUCUUGCUGCAGCCGCAGCAGCAAGGAGAGAAGCCUAGCUGUCCCUUUCGACCGAUCGAUCGAUCUCUUCUUCUUCUGCUGCUGUUUACUACUCGCCUCCUCCGUCGCCAUCGCGAGUUGAGACAUAAUGGCUCACGAGAUGAUGGCCGCUUUCUUUGGCCAUCCACCGCCGCCGCCUCCGGCGACGGCGGCGUUCGGGCGGGAGGAGGAGGUGGAGGAGGAUGGGGAGGAGGAGGAGGAGGGGUAUGACGGGCGGGUGGACGAGGCGGAGGAGGGUGGCGGGUAUGGACAUGGCGGUGGUGGUGGUGGGCAGGGGCAGGGGAAGCUCUGCGCGAGGGGGCACUGGCGGCCGGCGGAGGACGCCAAGCUCAAGGACCUCGUCGCGCAGUACGGGCCCCAGAACUGGAACCUCAUCGCCGAGAAGCUCGACGGCAGAUCAGGGAAGAGCUGCAGGCUGCGGUGGUUCAACCAGCUGGACCCGCGGAUCAACCGGAGGGCGUUCUCGGAGGAGGAGGAGGAGCGGCUCAUGGCGGCGCACCGCGCGUACGGCAACAAGUGGGCGCUCAUCGCGCGUCUCUUCCCCGGCCGCACCGACAACGCCGUCAAGAACCACUGGCACGUCCUCAUGGCGCGCCGCCAGCGGGAGCACUCCGGCGCCUUCCGCCGCCGCAAGCCCUCCUCCACCUCCACCACCUCCGCCUCCGGCUCCUCGUCGUCGCCGCCGUGCCACGCACCGGCCCCGGCCCCGCCCCCGCCGCCGCACCACCACUACCCGCCGACCGUCGCGCUCCACCGGUACGGCGGCGGCGCGGCCGCGGCGGCGGUGGCGGUCGCGGCGCACGCGCAGCAGUACAGCGCAACGCGGGCGUACAGCGGCGGCGAGUCAGACGAGUCGGCGUCCACCUGUACCACCGACCUCUCUCUCAGCUCCGGCAGCGCCGCCGCCGCCGCGGUCUGCUUCUACCAGAGUACGUCACGUGCUUCUUCUACCGCUGCGCGCCGCCUGCCUCACAGCCAUGUCGUCUCGCCGGCUGACACGGUGGCGUUCUUCUCCGCUGCUGCAGGCUACGACAUGGCCCCGCACGCCGCGGCUCCGGCGGUGCCGUUCGCGCCGAGCGCGCGCUCCGCCUUCUCCGCCCCGUCCCCGCGGCAGAACCGGGAGGCGGCCGUCGACCACGGCGCCGACCACCGCACCAUCCCCUUCUUCGACUUCCUCGGCGUCGGCGCGACAUGACCGUUCCAUUUAACGGCCGGCGCCGGCGUGGUGUACAGGAAGCAGCCCAAGAUCAGGUGAUCGUCCCAAGCUAAGGUUAGAGUUAGCUAAGAACAAGAAACUCUAGGAGGAGGAGGAGACGAGGAAGAACUGCUCAAGCUUUAUCAAUGGCGUUUCAACCAAACAAGUUUCUCCUGCUGCUGCUGCUGCUGCUGCUGCUGCUGCCAACAAGCAAUCGAGCAGACGACGAUGAGCAGCUAGGUAGAGAUUAUUCAGAUUAAUGGAUGGUGAAAAGAAGAUGUAAUGGUGUGUGCGUUUGUUCUUUUCAUGCUCUGCCUCUGUUCAUCGCUCUCUCUCUCCUCUGUAUGAACAAGUAGAUGAUGAUGAAGAAGAAGAAUUAAUCCAUUGCUCUCGCAGAUGCAGCAGCAAGAUCAAGCUUUUCCGCAUUGCGUGAUUCUCUCUC